AUGGCGCCUACACUCACGAUGACACCAGCGCUAAAAGAGUUGAUGACACUUCGCGUCGCAGAAAACACAAGUAAAGCUUUUGUUGACAAAUUAAAACCAGUUACACCAAUUAAUGUUAAUUUACUUGAAUCUCUGUUAACUGACCACCCAGAUCGUGAAUUUGUCUUCGGCCUCUGUUCGGGCUUGAGGGACGGGUUUAAAAUUGGUUAUCACGGGCCUCGUCGGCCUUAUUUUUCAAAAAAUCUAAAAACCGCUUACCUCUUGCCGGAAACCGUUGAUAGUAAUUUACUCGACGAAGUCAAACAAGGUCACACUAUUGGGCCUUUCACUUCACCCCCAUUUCAAAAUUUUCAAAUUUACCCUUUGGGUCUCGUAUCCAAAAACUUCCAACGCCAGCGUCAAUGCGAACAUUUCGUCCGAGGAAUAUUCGCUACAAUAUGUACGCCUAGAUGA